AUAUAGGUAGCAGCCGGUCCGAGACUUAUAGGCAACGAAAUCCCGAAUUUGUCAUAAUAAACACAAAGAAAAAUCCUGUAUUAUCGUUAUUUCGAGUGCUCGGGGAGUAUUACGACACUCGCGAGCGUACGGGCCGCAUCCUCGCUCUGGGACCGAUUUAUAAGCGAAACUCGUUUCGUUUUUUUUUUUUGCUGUUAUUACGACCUGAAUCGGCGGGCGAGCACACAAAGAAGUCGUCGUCGUCGUACGCAUCUGGCCCCUCAAAGUCGCAGCUUGAGCACGACGGAGACAAAAAAGAAAAAGAGAAAUUAAAAAUUAUAUUCGACCCUUGACAAAAGACUCGUGUGUGCGUGUGUGUGUGUGUGUUGUAAAAAUCACUGUGCUCCGCAGGCGAGUCGAGUCGCGCAGUCGUCGAUCCCCACUCGCGUAACAGCGUAACACACAUAAUACAAUACAUCAACAGGAGAGUAGGCGACGCCGACUCGUGCAGCCAGCAGAAGUAGGUAUAUAUAAUAAGUGUACGCGAGGCCGAGGCGCGCAUUCGAUCGACGAUCAUUUCUGUAGAAUCGACGUAGCAUCGCACACGACAGACUCAACAUGAGCCGCUUCUCCGUUUUCGCCGGUCUCCUGACCAUCGCCUCAUUGGCACUGUUCGCUUCGGCCCACCACGACGUCACUCUGGACGUGUACUACGAGUCCCAGUGCCCGGACAGCGUGGCCUUCAUCACCCAGCAGCUGGGCCCGAACUACAACGAGUUCAAGGACCACAUAAUCGUCAACCUCACGCCAUUCGGCAAGGCGUCCUGGAUCACCGCCGACAGCGGCAAGACCGAGUUCACCUGCCAGCACGGCCCGACCGAGUGUCGCGGCAACAAGGCCCAGUCCUGCCUCAUGGCCGAGAUCGACGAGCACGUGUCCGUGGCGGCCGAGCGCCAGGCCAAGAAGAUCGAGAUCGUCGCUUGCGCAAUGUCCGACAAGUCCGCCUCGAGCCCGGCCGACGCCGUGUUCAAGUGCGCCGCGUCCAAAGGACUCAACGACGAGGCGGUCAAGCACAUCGAGGCCUGCACCGACAGCGAGCGAGGCGACAAACUGCUCAUCGCCAACGGCGAGAAGACGAUCGCCUUCGAGAAGCCACUCAGCUUCGUACCGUCCAUCGUCGUCAACGGAUCGAAGAACCAAGACGCCUUCAGGCAGUUGAGAUCGGUUCUGUGCGGUCUGAUUCCCGACGGCGAGAAGCACGGAGACGCUUGCAAGUGAACGAAAUAAACGAAGGCAAGAAUACUCUCGAACGCCCCAACAUCCCCGUACGAGGCCACACCAUUGUUGUUGAUUAUAUUAAUAUUAUUACAUAAUUUUGGAGACUCGCUAAAGUGUCUCUGAGUGAGAAUUAAAUCUGUCGAAUACUUGAAAUGCGCCGGCGAUACUCGUUAUUAUGAUCAAUUAAUUAUUUACAAUUCGUCGAUGACGAAGAACAAAAAAAGGAAGACACCGCCGAGCGCACCGCUUUGGUCUAAUUUUAUAAAUUUUUGAAUUUGAAAAUAGCAACAAAAACAAAUUUUAUUAUACACUUUCUUUUGUAUGUCGAUGUCGAACAAUAAAAAAAAAAGAAAAAAGAAAAAA